CAUGAACUUGAUAUAAACUUGAUAAAACGUCGUACAUUUAUAAUAAAGUUUUCAUCAUUACUCAGUCAAGCUGUCUCCAAAUUUUUAUUUGGUAUAAAUAUUUUAUGACAUUUUUUGCGCAUGUCCAGCAGUGUAGUGCUUGUUCAGGAUGUUUUCAAAUGACAUUUGAAGAUUUUUGUAAUGUGACUGUGAGAGACGCGUGUCAGAUCGUGUAAUAUUUAGUAUUGCAGUUUAAACGUCUCAGACCUCAUGUUUCAUAGCCAACUCAGUUUGCAGGUUCAAGGAGAAAUUGGAGACUAUCCUACAUAGAGUAUAAAUGACAAGAAGUGUAGUCUGUGGAAAUGGCAGCAGGAUUUCAAGAGGAACUUAAGCUUUUACAUGCAAGGGAUAAGAUCUGAAAAUAUUUGUCAAGGCCUGGUAUAUUGUAAGCCCAAGUAACAUACUGAUAAAAUCAUGGAAGUACUGAAGAUGAAAGUUGAACCCUUAUCUGAUGAAGAACAAAGUACUUUAUUGGAUGUUAAGUUCCUAAAAAAUGAAGGAAUAAAAACAUCACCUUGUAGAAAAAGUAAUUCCUUAGAAGGACAUUCUGUUUUUGGGUUUGUUAAAGUGAAAAUGGAAGAAGAAAAGAACUGUGAUGAAGUAAGAGAAAAGAACACAUUUGUCAGAAUGACAGCUGAGCUGCCUGGUGAUUUACAACAUGAUGAGGUUAUUUCUGAGUUCAGUGAGAGUGUUGAUGGUGAAAUACAUCUAGAUAACUUAAAAGAUGAAGUGAUGAGUGGGAAAGAAGAAGAUGAAUUUCAAAAAGAGCUGCAACAACUUGACUCUAGGUUAGAAAGUACAACUGAUCCAAUGCCUUACAUCAACAACAGUUGUGGAAAGGAAUUUUUCUUUACGAAAACAGAAAAUGGCAAAUCUCAAAAUCCAAGCAGUAGUAAUGUGACUAGAAACAUAUUUUCAAUGGAAAACCACAUAAAACAAAAUUGCAUUCCCCAUAAUGGAAAUAAAACUUUAAGUUGUGUAGUCUGUGGCAAAUAUUUUGGAACAAAGAGUCUUCUAAGAAAGCAUCUGAAGAAACAUCCUGGAUUAAAACAAUACAACUGUUCUAUAUGUGAAAAUCAGUAUGCAAGAAAUAGUGACCUAAAAAUACACGAGAGGAGACACACUGGGGAGAAACCAUACAGCUGUGUCAUGUGUGGAAAAGAAUUUAUAAGUAGUAGUAAGUUAAAAAUACAUCAGAGAGUACACUCAGGGGAGAAACCAUACAAAUGUGAAGUGUGUGGAAAAGAGAUUGGAAGUAAAAACAGCUUAAAAAUACAUCAGAGAAUUCACACUGGUGACAAACCUUACACUUGUGAUGUUUGUGGCAAGAAAUUUAUAAGUAAUAGUUCACUUAGAAAACAUGAGAGGCUACAUAGUGAGAAAAAAUAUAUUUGUGUUGUUUGUGGAAAAGAAUUUAAAAGAAGAUGUCACUUAAAAAUUCAUCGACACAUUCAUACUGGAGGAAAACUAUACAGUUGUGAUGUGUGUAGCAAAGAGUUUGGUUCAAGUAAUGACUUGGAGAUGCACGAGAAAGUACACACUGGGGAUAAACCAUACACUUGUCUUGUGUGUAACAAAAAAUUUGUAACAGUUAGUAACUUGAAAGUGCAUGAGAGGAUACACACUGGGGAGAAACCAUACAGCUGUAUAGUAUGUAAAAAAGAAUUUAGUAGAAAUAACUAUCUUAAAGUACAUCAGCGAAUACAUACUGGAGAGAAACCAUACAGUUGUGCUUAUUGUGACAAGAAAUUUGUUACAAGCAGUAGCCUGCAGGUGCAUGAGAGGAUACACACUGGAGAGAAACCAUACAGUUGUGUAGUGUGUGGAAAACAAUUUAGAAGAAAUUGUCACUUAAAAAUUCACCAGCAGAUUCACACUGGAGAGAAACCGUACAGUUGUGCUGUGUGUGGGAAGGAGUUUGGAACAAGUAAUGGGUUAGAGAUGCAUGAGAAGGUGCAUACUGGGGAGAAACCGUACAGUUGUGCUCUGUGUAGUAAGAAAUUUGGAACAAGUAGUAACUUGAAGGUACAUGAGAGAAUACACACUGGAGAGAAACCAUACAGUUGUGUAGUGUGUGGAAAAGAAUUUGGAAGAAGUGAUCAAUUAAAAACUCAUCAGCAGGUUCACACUGGAGAGAAACCAUACAGUUGUGCUGUGUGUGGGAAGGAGUUUGGAACAAGUAAUGGAUUAGAGAUGCAUGAGAAGGUACAUACUGGGGAGAAACCAUACAGUUGUGCUUUCUGUACCAGGAAAUUUAGAACAAGUAGUAACUUGAAGGUACAUGAGAGGUUACACACUGGAGAGAAACCAUACAGUUGUGUAGUGUGUAGGAAAUGAAUUUAGGAGAAAUGGUCAUUUAAAAAUUCAUCAGCAGAUUCACACUGGAGAGAAACAAAAGGCUUGUGCUGUGUGAGGCAUGGAAUUUCUAACAAGUAAUGACUUAAAAGUGGAAGACAAGGUAAUAUUUGAGUAGAAACAACAAAAUUGCAGUUCCUAGGACAGGAAUUAUACAAAUUCUUCAUCUCUCGAAAAAAAAAAUCAGAUUACUGAUAGUAAAGUGGGGAAUAUAUUGACCCCAAAAAACCAGUGUGUUGGAUAUACUGAUGUUCUACACACCUUGAUGGCAAAAGCCCCUCCUCAUUAUUUUGCCUGACCCACAUCACCAUAGAGUUAUGAAGUUUUUGGCAAAUGAACUAGCAUACAUUAUUACAUAAAAAAAGCUAAAUGGAUGUAGUGUAUGGCUAAGAAUUUUCAACUAAAAAUAUUUAAAGAAACAUCAAUACAUAUACCCUCAAAAGAAGCAACAGUUUUUGAUUAGGGCUUUUUGGGGAUUUGACAUUCAAGAUGUUAAAUGUCAAAGUUACAUUUUUUUUUUUUGUUGCAUUUGAAGCUCUGAAAGUACUAAAUGUACAAUCACGGAACUUCAACUGCAUCAGAGGAUACAAACUGUAUCCAAGGAAGCAUUAGAUGAUUGACACAAAAGAUUCAAUGACAUACACAAACAACAGCUGUGGAAAAAGUUUCUCUUGAGAAAAACAGACUUAAUAUUUAGGAAAAUAUUAACUCAACCAUAUCUAAAUUUAAAUCUGACAAUUUUAGGAAUGUGUUGUAAAGAACUUGGAAAUUUUUGUUUCCUACAAAUGAUAAAGUUCUUUAUAUCUACCUUUUAACUCUUGAUCCAGAGACAUUCAUGGAAAGCUAAUGUGGAAAUCAGUUUUCUGGCUGUUGUAGUGGAACACUUAAAGACUCCAUUACAAAUGCCAUCAAAAUCUCAGAAACAGAGCAGUGGUGAUAAUUAUUGAUGGGAAAUAACCUGCAAAAAAUCACAUUCAACAUAUUACAACUAUAACAACUUACUGAAAAAGAAAUUAGAAACAUAAAUUCAUGAAGAGAAACUAUAAACUUGUGCAAAGCAUUUAAAAGAAAUAUUGCCCAAAAAAUAUAACAGAGGAUGUAUACUGUGGAGAAGUUACGUUUACAGAAUUUGCCGUUAAAAAUGGAGUCGGUUAUCUCCUUAAAAUGGACUUCUCUAGUUUUUGGCAAAAAAAAAACUUUCUCUGAGGUAUUUAAAAAAUAUUAGUGGAUACUUGAGUUGCCAAAACAAAAUUACUGUUAUAGAAAAUUCUACACUGCUAAAACUUGUUGAAAGAAUGUUGAAAUACUUAUAGCAGAAAUGAACCAUGUAUGUAAAUAUGUGUAGCAAACAAAUUAGAACUUGAAAGAUUUACACUGGAGGGAUUAAAAACCCAACAAUAUUGUGUAGAAUGUGUGUCUAAUGCUAAUUGAAACCUGUAAGAUUUAAUUAAUUAUGGGGGAGAAACAAAUCAUAUGUUGUGUCUGACAGGGAUUUUACACACUAUAUGGUUAUUGUGUUGGUAAGAAGAAAUGUUCAUAAUACAAACUCAAAUUAAUUUAAUUACAGAUAAGCCAACCAUUUGUAAAAGUAGUUGGUAAAGAACUUAACAUGAAAAAUUGGGUAAUGUGAUAAAGAGAUUGUCCAAAUGUUAAGAAAGGCUGAUAAUUUGUAAUGUUUGUCAGUUGUUUGUGACAAGAUUUCUAUCCUCACUUACUUACUUAUUAUUUUCCCUAUUGACUCAGCAGGAAAUCCUGAAGGCUAAUAAAUAAUGCUAAAAAAAUCUUGAUUUUGAUACCCAUGGUGGGCACAGCAUAGGUAACUCAUUGUGUAACUUUGUGCAUAACUACAAACAAAAAUCAUUUAUAGAUUGAAUUUUGGAAAUUUUAAGAUAAUUAUAUUUAGGUUUUGAUUAUUAGAUAUUUUGGGUAAUUUGGAUUAGCAAGUGACAUUACUAUGUAAAUUAGGUUUAGUUUCUCCUUAUAAUGCUUUGUGUUAUUGAUUAACAUAUUUAUAAAACAGCCCUGCAUGGAACCUUCAGAGCUGGAGUAUUACAGCUUAGGUAUCACAGUAAACUACAGUAUCUUUAUAAAACUCCUGUUAUUACCAUGAUGAGUUUGUUACAUUUAUCUGAUAGAAGACUUUGUUAAUUUCCUCUAACAGUAUCCCAUAUAGCACAUGCACAUAAGACAUGUUAUAAAAUAAUCCUAUAUCAGUGUUAGGAAAGUGAAAACUUAAUACAUUCAAGAUGCUAAAUAAAAUUGUUUUAUUUACGUACCUUACAUACUGUUCUUCAUUUCAUAAAACUUGCUUCGCUGCUUUGAAUCAAGGAUAUUAAUUUCAUUUAUCAUUUUGUAAAGUUGUAAGGAUAUUACAAGAUAAGUAAUUAUAUUGUUACUUAGCUUUUGAUUUGUGCAUAAUUUACUUGUUAACUUGUAGAUCAUUAUAUUUAACUUUAUAAAGUAACCUAAGUAAUUUACAUGAAUUAUCUUGAUAUAAAAUAAUAAUUUAUUGAUUAAAGGAAAUUGAUAUUCAUAGCCCAAUAUAAUUACAAACAAAUAAAUUAUGCAAUACCUUUUACCAGAAUAGCUGCUAAAAUUCUACAGUAAUAAUUACAAUUGAUGAUACUCUUAAUUAUGUGUAACAGGCAAACUACAAAAAGCAUCAUUGCCCACUUUGCGUAACUGUUUGUAGGAACAUAACAAGUAAUUGCAGUGUGCUGUAAUUUAUUAAAGACAGUAUAUUAUGGUCAUCUUACAGUAAACUUCAGUUUUAUUUCUAAAAUUUGGUCACAUUAGGGAUUUAAGUGGCCCGAUAUACAGAAGAAUACUAUGGAUUAUACCUCAAUCAGCAGUGAGCAAUUUGUUAUGUACACAGUUAUUAAAAAUGUUUAUAUAAUGAUUUAUAACCAAAUCUUCUGUAUUGGAUAGUAGGAAGUCUUUAGUAUAACCCAUAUAAAAUACUCAAUUUUGACAACAGUGAUAUAUAUAUAUAUAUAUACACAUGUAUAUAUG